GGCCCGCCCGCAGCCUCUGUCCACCAGUCUCCGUCCAGACCAAAUCUCCAUCCAUCCAAUCGCCUCUCGCUCCAGCCACCGCCAGCAAGCUCCGCCAAAAGAUCUACAAUACAGAGGACCGGAGGAAGAUUAAUCGACAAUGGGUAGGCCGGAGUUCUUGAGAAUGAGGACGGAGGACGUAGCGUCGCCGGCGGCGGGAUUGAUCCAGUCCGAUAUCGACGAGCUGAAGGUUGCGGCAAAGAAACUCGUCAAGGACGCUGCGAAGCUCGGUGGGUUGGGUUUCGGCACUUCUUUCCUCAAAUGGGUCGCCUCGUUUGCCGCCAUUUACUUGUUGAUCUUGGACAGAACCAACUGGAGAACCAACAUGCUCACUUCACUUUUAGUUCCUUACAUCUUCUUCAGCCUUCCUUCCACAUUGUUUCACUUCUUGAGAGGAGACUUUGGGAAAUGGGUUGCUUUCAUUGCAGUCGUCUUAAGACUCUUCUUUCCCCGACACUUCCCAGACUGGCUGGAGAUGCCUGGAUCGCUGAUUCUUCUGCUGGUGGUUGCUCCAAACUUCUUCGCACACACGUUGAAGGACGACUGGGUUGGGGUGGCGAUAUGCCUCGCCAUUGGCUGCUAUCUCCUGCAGGAACACAUUAGGGCUUCUGGUGGGUUCAGAAACUCUUUCACUCAGUCUCAUGGGAUAUCGAACACCGUAGGGAUCGUGCUUUUGAUAGUCUACCCUGUGUGGUCUCUGGUCCUCCAUGUGCUCUGAGGAUAAAGAUUGGGAAACAUAGGAAGCUUACAGUUGAAGAACAGUAGAGUUGGUUUGAUCCAUUUUUCAGCUUUAUGCAUGCUGGUUUCCCUCCUUUUUAUUGGUAUUUUCAAAUUUAUGUUGGUUCUAUGUCUUGGAUGGAAUAAUAUU